GAGAGAGAGAGAGAGAGAGAGAGGGACUCGUGGGAUCCCAAUUCCUUCUCUCUAUCCGCUCGUCUCCUCGCUUACGCUCGCCUCCUCAAUUCGAGCUCAAGGAGAGAGUGAGAGAGAGAGAGAGUCGUGUUAAGUCAUUCUAGGUUGGAAGGAAUUCUUGUGCAUAUUAAGGAAGGUGAUCUUGGAUAACUGUGUUUGCUUAUUGUAUCUUGUCCAUUGUGUUGAUGCUUCUCAAGUUGAAUUACAUGUAAAGCUCAAAUGCCGGCAUUCAGAAUUAAAAGCAAAUCAAACUCAGAAUAUUUAAGAUUGCAUGAUCUUCAUACAUGUCGCAAAUCAGCUAAAACAUCAAAAAGCUCACAAACUCAGGUCAAGACGUUUCAACUAGAGACAGAACUGGAUACAUUUUUCCAAACCCAACAAAAUGCUUCUUCUAAUAAAGAAGUAUCUGUAUGCAACUCGACACUUGCUGGAUUUGAUGGACCCUACAUUCAGUUGCUGAACGCAUCCCCAUUUUCACUUGAUCCAGUAUCAAUCAGAAGAUCGGAUAUACUAUCAGAAACAAAUCCAUCUAACCUUGAAACAAUCUUCUCUCCUGAUCUUGAGCACCGUGCAUCUCUCCUGAAGUCGGCAAAUUACAUUGAUGAAGCAAAAUAUGAAGGCACCAGAUUGCCUCAUCUAGUUGCAGAUGGUGCUGACAAUGCUACCUGUAUCUCAAGUGAAUAUCAAACUUGUGGCUUAUCAGAAUUCUACAUUUCUGAUAGCAUUCAUGAAGGCGCCAAAUUGCCUCAUCUGGUUGCAGAUGAAACUGAUGAUACUACCUGUGUCUCAAGUGAAUAUCAGACUUGUGGUUUAUCGGAUUUCAUAACUGAUUGCAUUCAUGAAGGCACCAAAUUGCCUCAUCUGGUUGCAGAUGUAAUUGAUGAUGCUACCUGUGUCUCAAGCGAAUAUCAAACUUGCAGUUUAUCAGAUUUCUACAUUUCUGAUAGCAUUUCUGGUUGUCCCUUUGACAAUAGUGUUGAAGUUACUGAUGUUAUAACUGCCACUUGCCCUAUUAAUGAAUAUAUGAACUCUGACAUAAUGAUUGACAUGGGGGAGGGAUAUAUGAUUCUUCCUUUCCUUGAGAGGACAGUGGAAACUGGAGAUGAUGAUGACUCAGUUCAGGAGACCAUGAUGAACUUCAACGAAGCUUCUUUGUAUUUGGCAGUUCAUCCUGAAAAUGAAAAUAAAUGCAACUUUGGCAAUUUGGAAGAGAUAGAAUGCUUUGAUCAACUGUUGGUUUUUAAUCGAUUACCUGAUUUACCUCAGGCAGUUUCAUCCAUUUUAUCACCUCAGAAAGCACAAGAAAGGAUGCCUGUAACCCUUGUACUUGAUUUAGAUGAAACUCUUGUCCAUUCUACCAUGGAACAAUGUGAUGAUGCUGAUUUCACCUUUCCAGUUUUCUUUAACAUGAAACAUCACACAGUAUAUGUAAGACAGAGACCUUUUCUGCAGAUGUUUCUUGACAGCGUAGCUCAGAUGUUUGAAAUUGUUAUAUUCACUGCCGCUCAAAGCAUAUAUGCUGGAGAGCUUCUGGACAUAUUGGAUCCAGACAGAAAGAUAAUCUCAAAGCGUAUAUAUCGUGAAUCAUGCAUCUUCUCUGACGGUACUUAUACCAAGGACCUAACCAUUUUGGGAGUUGACCUGGCAAAAGUUGUCAUAAUUGACAAUACUCCACAGGUUUUUCGCUUGCAAGUCAACAACGGGAUACCGAUCGAGAGUUGGUUCGGGGAUCCUUUGGACCAUGCUUUAGUCCAGUUACUUCCCUUUCUUGAGACCUUGGUCUAUGUCGAGGAUGUUCGUCCAAUUAUUGCUAAGAAAUUCAGCAAUAAUGAGUAGCAGCAUUCUUUCCACGGGAGAUUUUGCCUUGACGACUUCACCUUGCAGACUCUCCUGUAGGCAUGCACCUUUCCACUCUCAAACUAUAGAAAUAACAUUUACAUGUACAAUAUGUGUGUCGGAUUUAGAUUUAGUUUAUUGGAGCUGGCUAUGUAAUUUGGAGAAAUGGUUACUAAUCACUGUACCUGUGUUUGACGCUCAAGCCAACAGCUUUGAUAUGUUUGUUUCUCCCUCUUUCGACUUUGUACAGGAAUGUCAUGAUGGAAAUAAAAUGGUGUUGUUCUCCCCGUUUGUUCAAA